AUGCGCCUAGCUGCAAUAUUUAGGGCUGUACGAGCACUAUUUCUAGCUAUAUUUGGACUAAUUUUGGUCUAUAUUCUGUGUCGAUCAAAACCCAUAGUCACCAUUUAUGUCAUAACACCAACGUUUUAUCGACUUACUCAAAAGCCAGAGUUGGUUCGGCUGUGUAAUACACUCUCGCUUGUUGAAGACAUUCAUUGGAUAGUCGUUGAGGACUCACAAAAUAAAACAAAUCUUGUCGCCAAUUUUUUAAGUGAAUGUAAGGUUCCAUCAACACAUCUGAAUGCAGCAUCGCCAAAAGAUAGGAAUUAUCACAUUAAGGGGAGUAAUCAACGGAAUGCUGGUCUGCAAUGGCUGCGAGAGAACAUCGUCAAGGGAAAACAAAGAGGCGUGGUAUACUUUGCCGAUGACGAUAACACUUACGAUCCUCGUAUCUUUAAUGAGAUGCGCAAUUUGCGUCAGGGCGCCACUUGGCCGGUGGGGAUAGUGGGAGGCAGUAGUUGGGAGGGCUGCAUCACCGCGCCUGAAGAACCCUCGCGAAUUGUGGGCUUUUGGACAGGCUAUAAACCACGGCGCAGCUUCCCGAUCGACAUGGCCGCCUUCGCCAUCAAUGUGGACCUUCUUUUUACCUACCCUAACGCCUCCUUCGACUACAAGCACGUAGAACAGCAGGAGGGCACUCUCCUUUCUCAGGUUGGCUUUAAGUCUGCCCUCGACCUUGAGCCUCGAGCCAAUGGAUGCUCAAAAAUGCGCGAUCUGCAGUGCAUUAAACUAAAACGCAUUGGAAUUUAUCGCAUCGACAGCUUCCAACCGGCAUAG